UUUACAUCCUAUCAAUUAAGUUCCAAAGUACAUAUCUGAAUAACCAAACCAGGAUUAUGCAGUAUGCAUCUGGUCAGGCUGAUGACACGUCAUCAUCAGCUUCAGCAAUCCCAUGUCACCGUUUUUCUCUUGCAGAUAUUGAAGCUGCAACUAACAACUUUGAUGAUGAACGGGUCAUCGGAGAGGGAGGAUUCGGAAAGGUAUACAAAGGUAGUAUUUCUAUCGAAGAAACUAAUCAUGUUGUGGCUAUCAAGCGGUUAAAUUCAAUGUCUAACCAAGGUGCACCAGAGUUUAAGGCUGAAAUUGAGAUUCUUUCAAAGCUACGUCACUGUCACUUGGUCUCUCUGAUGGGCUUUUGUGACGAUAACAAGGAGAUGAUACUUGUUUAUGAGUAUAUGCCGCAUGGAACCUUACACGAUCAGCUACACAAGGCUGCAAUACCUUUUAGUUGGGUUCAAAGACUAAAAAUAGCCAUAGGUGCAGGUCGUGGAUUAGACUACCUUCACACCGGUUUUGGCACUCAGCAAGGAAUUAUACAUCGUGAUGUAAAGAGUUCGAAUAUUCUUUUGGAUGAGAAUUUGGCAGCCAAGCUUUCAGAUUUCGGGUUAUCAAAAAUAGGCCCUACUAAUCAAUCAUUGUCUUGUAUUGAGGCCAGUGUUAAAGGUACACUAGGCUAUCUAGAUCCUGAGUUUUUCUAUACCACACAACUGACAAGAAAAACAGAUGUAUAUGCAUUUGGGGUCGUAUUGUUUGAGUUGCUAUCCGGAAGGCUUCCAGUUGACAUAAAGUAUGGUGAGGAGCAAUGCAGUCUGGUGAGAUGGGCUCAAAAAUAUGUGACAGAAAAAAAAUUUGAACAAAUGGCUGAUUCUAAAAUUCAAGGAACAAUUUCUCCCAAAUGUUUAAGACAGUUUGCCCAAAUUGCAUAUCGUUGUUUGAUUAGUAUUCCAAAAGAACGACCCACCAUAGCUGAGGUUGUGGGCUUACUUCAGAAGUUACUGGAAUUGCAGAAGAAAUGGGAAAUUUCUGCAAAUCAAUCAGGGGCAAUGGGAUUUACAUCAAAGAUACAUAAGUAUUUUGUUUUCACAACUAAGCAAAGCUCUGGUAUGCACAAACUUUUCCUUAAUGUCGUAUGUGCAUUCUUUGCUCUUCGUUUACAAAAUAAUCUUAAUAUCAAAAAACAAUUUUUAACACUUACAAUUGGCCUUUUUAACGGAUAG